GAUAUGAAAGCCCCUUUCUCCAUAAUUUAUUUACCGGAUAAAAUAGGCAAAUCCCCCUCCCGUCCUGGGCUUCUCCACUCUCCAGUAAACUGGAGGAACUGCUAGAACAAAUUUGGAAAUGGCUAAAGCACUGCUUCUCCUAAAACCAUUCAUCUCUCCCCCGACAUCAUCAUCAUUAUCUUCUUCUUCUUCUCUCUUCAGUAAAUUUAGCACGAAUGGGGAUUUCGUGGAUACAAAAGUGGUGAAGCUACACAGAAGAGGGGAGGUGGUGUGUCGGGGAAUGUUGGCACCUAGGAAGUUCAUGCAGAGGAGGAGGAGGAAGAAGGUGGAGGAGGUGUACAAAGAUGCUGAGGAUGAGUUGGAGCAGAAGAAGUGGAGGAAACUAAUGGCCGAAAUCGAGGAAACGGGUUCGCCUGUCUCUGUGCUUAGAAGCCAUAGAGCCAAGAAUCAGUGGCUCCGUAGGGAUGUUGUUCUUGGGACGUUGGUUAGAUUCAAGCAGCUCAAGAAGUGGAAUCUUGUUAGUGAGAUCCUUGAAUGGCUUCAAACUCAACAUUGGUGGGACUUUAAUGAAAUGGACUUUCUAAUGCUGAUCACGGCUUAUGGGAAACAAGGGGACUUCAAUAAAGCUGAAAGGGUAAUGGGCUACAUGAAUAAGAUGGGAUACCCGCAAAGCGUGAUAUCUCACACUGCUCUAAUGGAAGCAUACGGACGUGGAGGUCAAUGCAGUAAAGCUGAAGCAAUAUUUCGAAGAAUGCAAUCUGCGGGCCCCGAACCUUCUGCAUUAACAUAUCAAAUUAUCCUUAAAACCUUUGUUGAGGGUGACAAGUAUAAAGAAGCAGAAGAAGUCUUUGAAACUCUCCUAAACACGGAUGUUUCUCCGCUGAAACCAGACCAGAAAAUGUUCCAUAUGAUGAUCUACAUGUACAAGAAGGCAAAGGACUAUAAGAAAGCUCAUCACCUUUUUGCGCUAAUGACUGAGCGAGGGGUCCCACAAAAUACAGUCACUUAUAAUAGCUUGAUGUCAUUCGACGCCAACUAUAAGGAGGUUUCCAAAAUCUAUGAUCAGAUGCAGAGAGCUGGUCUUCAUCCUGAUGUUGUAAGCUAUGCCCUGCUGAUUAAUGCAUAUGGAAAGGCUAGAAGAGAAGAAGAAGCAUUAUCGGUUUUUGAGGAAAUGCUUGAUGCUGGCGUGAGGCCGACACAGAAAGCUUAUAACAUCUUACUAGAUGCAUUUGCAAUCUCAGGAAUGGUGGAACAAGCUCGGAUUGUUUUCAAAAGCAUGCGAAGAGACGGAUUUGCCCCUGACCUGUGCUCCUACACAACCAUGCUCACAACAUAUGUAAACGCUUCAGACAUGGAAGGAGCUGAGAGAUUCUUUAGAAGAAUAAAACAAGACGGAUUUGAACCGAGUGUUGUCACAUAUGGGACUCUCAUCAAAGGGUAUGCAAAGACGAACGAUCUUGAGAAGAUGAUGAAGAAGUAUGACGAAAUGCGACUUUCUGGCAUUCACCCCAACCAAACGGUCCUUACUACGAUAAUGGAUGCAUAUGGUAGGAACAGGGAUUUCGGGAGCGCUGUUUCAUGGUACAAUGAGAUGGUGACAUGUGGCGUUCCACCCGAUCGUAAGGCAAAGAAUGUUCUCUUGUCUCUUGCUAAAACAACAGAAGAGAAGACAGAAGCUGACGAGCUCGUGGGAAAUAUAAAUGGGACGAUCGUUGACAGAAUCUCCAGUCAUGGGAAUGAAUACGAUGAUGUUUCUGAUGAAGAUGAAGAAGAUGAUGAUGAUCAUGAUGAGGAAGAUGAAGAAGAUUACAAUCAUAGCUCUUCUUCAUGUGAGUCAGAUGAUCUUAUUAGUACUGAGUGUAAAACAUGAGAUGGUUAGUUAUAUGUUGUAAAUUUGGCAUUUAUGUUUAGAAUUUGGUUUGUUUUUUUUGCUUUUUGAUAAUAUCCGUCAUGGUUAUUUCAUUUGAAGGAUACUUUUGGAAAAGCCCACUUCAUUUUACAUAUUUUUCAUUAAGUGGGAAGGAGAGAAUUGUGUCAUUUGUGUGGGAGAAAAUUAUGAGAGAUUAAAAGUAGUGAUCUUUU